AUGACUCCAAUCGGCGGUAGCAAUAGACGGAGGGACGGCGGUGGCGGAGUGGAGAGAAGGAGAGGAGAGAAUGAGAAAUGGGGGAAAUCGCGUUUGAACAAUCAGUCGAUAAGGCUUACAUAUGAAUUGUUGCAAGAGGAACUCAAAAAUGACAUAUGGACAUGGCGCAAGUAUGGUCAAAAGCAAAUCAAAGGUUCCCAAUUUCCGAGGAAUUACUAUAAGUGUAGUACAUCAAAACACUGUGAAGCAAAGAAACAAAUUGAGAAAAGCCCAAAGGAUGAAAACAUUUUCUUGGUAUCCUGUUCGGGUGAACAUAAUCAUGAUCCCCCCAUGAACCGUAGAUAUCUUGCUAGUUGCAACAGUAAUUCCAAAUUUAAGCUUCCAAAAGGCAUAAAUAUUUUGCCCAAAGCAUCAAUAUUGAAUGCAUCAACAUCCUCGUCCAAGCGUGUUAAGCAUUCAAGAGUUGUUGCUUCUCCAAUUAUCGCAACUAAGCCUCAACUUGAAAUCGGGAGCAAAAACAAAAUGGUUGUUGCGGUCGUGCAGAACAAAUGUGAUGGUAAAGAAAAUGUGGACAUGAAUGAAGAUAUUUUCAUGGGUUUUGACCAACUCCAAGGAGUUACUACUUCCACCUAA